AUAUUUAUUUAACAUUGGAAUAGUUCGUAUUUUGUGGAAUUCGUCUUUAUCCCUAUUAUAAACACGUUGAUCAUCGCUCUUCGUAAAUCAGUUUCAAUAAAGUUCUCACGUUAGCAAGUCAACGCAAAAAUGGGGUUUAAAACACUUAUGUUGGCUGCAAUUUUGAGCGUGAGCCUCACCUGCGUCUAUGGAGACCUACAAAAAGACGUACCUGUAGCUGCCCUACUAAAAAGUCUACAAGCUGAUGACCUGCAGAGGGGAAUAGUAUCAGAUGUUCUUAGCUUAUUAAAUUCAACAUUUUCUACGGUUACAACUGCAAUUUCUACAGCCAGUACAGUUGUGCAACAAAUUAUAAUCAUCAUUAAUGUUAUAACUACCGUGCUACAAUUCAUUAGCGGUAUUGCGGGUAUAUUGCAAUUUGCACCUAUCAUAUUGGUGAUUGCUGUAGUAUUGGCAAUAAUCAACUUUAUAAUUAGUCUGUUGUCAAGUUGAUUACCUAAUAUCGGGGAGAAAGCUCGACUAAUGCUAUAAUUCAGAAUAAACAUUUACCUAAAA